UACUAAUUGGUACGUUUCCUUUGAUAUUCAUUCCUCCUUACCCAAUCCCAACCCAUGCGACAUUUCUUGAAGUAUUAAUUCCGAGUUUUGAGAGAGAGAAGGCAUUGUCUAUCAUUAGAAUUAUAAUUUGAAUAAAAAAUGUCAUAACAAAAAGCACCAAUUCAAAAUUCAAAAGAGCCCUAACAAGAGAGAGACACUCGCUGUAGAACUGUUCGAAUUCCCUCCGAUUUUUUUCUUUUGCAUCAAAACCAUGGGCGGGAAACUGAAAAAUCUACCCUAAUUGCCGCAGUAUAAAGCCGGACCACCUUUGUAGAAAAUAUCCAUAUCAAUCUCAAUCCAGAAUCUCAUCAACUUUUGGGGGAAAAAAAAUUGUUAUCCGCAAAAUCAGCAGGCACUGCCAGCGAGGCGCACGCGUGUCAUGACCACCGGACGAGAUGACCCACCGCCGCCGGACGACGAGCGCUGCCUUAUGAAACGCGGCAAGUGGCGGUGCCGGUCGCAGAUGAUCGGCGACAAGGGCUACUGCGAGAAGCACAUCCAUGGGAAGCCCGCCGAGGCUGGUAGGGUUGGGAAAAAAAGAUCCUCCAGGGGCGGUGGUGUGCGUUCGAACAGGAAGAGAAACGGCGGUUCCUCCUCUGAGGAAGAGGUUAUCCCGGAGAAGAAGUCGAGGGGCAAGGUGGCGGGCAACAGAAGCGAGAUUCCGGUGGGUGUAGAUAGUGGUGAGGCAGGGGAGAAUGUGAAAGACGAUGAAAGGCCGGCGUUGGGGCGGAUUAAGGACUUUUAUAACGCAUGUCAUUGCGAUAGUGAUGAUAGAGAUCAGGGCGUGGAAUUUGGUGAACAGGGUGAAAAGGAUGCUGAUUUUAUGAAGACGAAGGAUCUUAAAUCCCUGGAGAUGAAAACACAAAUGAAAAAAAAAGAAGUAAAACGUGAUGAGGAUGGCUUGGGGCUGAAAUUAGCCAAGAAGAGGAAGGAGAGUAGUGCGGUGAACUCUGGGACAAAGGAUAAUGAUCAUGAGAGUCAGGAAGUGCAAGAGGAGGCAUUAUUUGCCAUGAAGAAACCGAAGAAGGAAGAAAAUGGCUCUGUUUGUCACUCGGAAACUGGGUUGAGGGAUAAAGAUGUUACAAGAGUUGAGAUGGAUUCUGGCUCAAACUCGAAGAUGCUCAAAGGUAAGGGAAUGCAGGAAGAAGAGAUAGCAGAUAUUGGAGAAGAUGAAAAAGUUCAACUAAAAUCGAAGGAUAGCUCACAACGUAGAAGUCAAAGAGUAAAAAAGACUUCAGAUGGAGAAAAAAAGACUCUAGAUACACAGAAAUCAACCAGAGGAAGCAAAUAUAUAAGUGAUGAUCCGAACGAUAAAUUCCAGAUGUGUCAUCAAUGUAUGAGGAGUGAUAGGAAAGUGGUACGGUGCAGCAAAUGUCGUACUGCACCUCGAAAGCGAUAUUGUUUUGAAUGCAUCCUGGCAUGGUAUCCAGAACUAUCAAAGGAAGCCAUAGCAGAGGCUUGUCCAUUUUGUCGUAAAUGUUGCAACUGUAAAGCUUGUUUACGUGGAGCUAAUAUACCAGAGCCUCUUAAGAUUGUUGAUCCAGCAGAUAAAGGAGAUAAGAUACGAUUCCUAAAGUAUCUCAUUAGUUUUCUCCUGCCUUAUGUGGAACAAUUUUGUUAUGAUCAGAUGGUGGAGAAGACUGUGGAAGCCAAGAUUUGUGGGUCAUCUGAUGUGAAGAUAGAGAAAAUUGACUAUUCUCCGGAAGAGCGUAUGUAUUGCAACAAUUGCACAACCUCUAUAGUUGAUUUUCAUCGAAGCUGUCCAAAUUGUUCAUAUGAUAUCUGUGUGACCUGCUGCAAGGAGAUUCGAGAAGGCUGUUUGAAGGGGUGUGAAAAUGUUACCGUCAAUUAUGCUGAAACAAAUAACGAUUACUUACAUGGAAUUUCUUAUUCCAUAGAGUCAAAUGAACAAGUGAGUCCAUCACGAAACAGAAAGUUAGACAGUAUAUCUGAACAGAUGCCACUCCCUAAGUGGGAAGCAACUGAAUCAGGUGAGAUACCUUGCCCGCCAAAGGAAAGGGGUGGCUGUGGAAAUGGCAAAUUGGAGCUCAAGUCUAUUUUUGACGAAAGCUGGCUGUUUGAGUUGAAAGAGAAGGCCAAAAGUUUAGUUGCUGCUUGCGGACCUGCUGAGGUAAUCCAAAGUUCCUCUCAGUGUCUGUGUUCGGAGUCCAAUGACGAUGCACAGCUGAGGAAAUGUGCAUCUCGAGUCAGUUCUAAAGACAAUCACCUGUACUGUCCAUUGGCAAGUGAUAUAAAACCAUGGGAACUGGAGCAUUUUCAGAGACACUGGAUCAUGGGGGAGCCAGUUAUUGUGCGUGAUGUUCUCAAACUUACAUCUGGGUUGAGUUGGGACCCAAUGGUGAUGUGGCGUGCUGUCCGUAAGGUUGUUAUUAAGAAAGGUUCGUCUGACUUGAUGGUAACAGCAUUAGAUUGCCUUGACUUCUGUGAGGUUGAUGUAAACAUUCAUCAAUUUUUCAAAGGAUACACUGAUGGUCGCAAAGAUAGUAGUUCAUGGCCUGAAAUGUUAAAGCUGAAGGAUUGGCCCCCAUCCACUUUAUUCGAGGAGCGAUUGCCACGCCAUAAUGCAGAGUUUCUUAGUGCCUUGCCCUACAAAGAAUACACGCACUUACGUAAUGGACCUUUAAAUUUGGCUGCAAAGUUACCGGAAAAAAUGCUGAAACCAGACCUGGGGCCUAAAACAUAUAUUGCCUACGGUUAUCCUGAAGAGCUGGGACGUGGGGAUUCUGUUACUAAGCUUCAUUGUGAUGUUUCAGAUGCGGUGAACGUGUUGAUGCACACUGCUGAUGUGGAUCCAAGGUUCUAUGAUCUUAAUGAAAUUGAAGAGUUAAAAAAAAGGCAUGCUAAGCAGGACCAAGAAGAACUCUUCAGUAAUGUCAAUGCAGAUGAUAAAGGGGCUGAAAUAGCCAUGGAGGAAGCAAAUGUCGGCAUUAAAUUGGAAGCUCAAUGCUCCACAGCACCUGCCAAAAUAUUUUCUGUUGCUAAGGAAGAUGGUCUCGAGCAGACUCACACCCCUGACGAGAGUAAAUUUUCUGAUGCCACGACGAAUGAUAAUGAACCUGAUGCAACUGCUCCUGAUCCUCUUAAUGAAAUUAGUGAUAAGGCUGUUCUUCAGGGUGAUGUUGAGGAGUCAAAUACUGAUUCUGGAUUGCCAUCUGGAAAUGUUGCUGAUAAAGUUGAAACCCAGAAAAUUACAGAGAGAAAUGGAAGUGGUAAAUGUGAAAAACUACGUAAUAAGGUGAACGAAAAGUCCAAAGUUUUGUCUGCAAAGAACCCUGCUUGUCACAGUCAAAAAGGAAAUAAGUCAAAAAAGAUCAACACUGAGGCAGGAAAAGAGACUAACCUUAAACACGCUGCAUCCGGUCUAGAUAAAGGGGAGGGAGGUGCACUUUGGGACAUUUUCAGAAGAGAAGAUAUUCCCAAGCUUGAGGAAUAUCUUAGAAAACAUCAUAAAGAAUUUAGGCAUAUUUACGGUCGUCCGGUGGAGCAGGCUUUACAUCCAAUUCAUGAUCAAAGUUUGUACUUGAACUCUUAUCAUAAGGCGAAGCUCAAGGAGGAAUUCGGAAUUGAACCUUGGACUUUUGAGCAAAAACUUGGAGAAGCUGUGUUUAUUCCUGCUGGAUGUCCACAUCAAGUUAGAAAUCUUAAGGUACAUCAAGCAUCACAAUUUUAAUGCCCUUGCACUUUCAUUUAUCUUAGCUACACACUGAUUGUUUAUUACCACAAUGCCUGACUAUCUCAAACAAUAAGAUAUCUAAUCUAGCUCCAGUUUGCCUAUUGUGUUUCCGGACUAGGGUAAAGUUGUUUAGAGUCGAUUUUUCCUGUGACAAGUGUUUUAAGGUUAAUUGCUGAUCACUUUGGUUUUCCCUUAUAUUUUGCUAAGUUCUCUGUUGUUACCAUAUUAUAAGACGUCUCAUGAAAAUUUAUCAUUUUUGAAUUGGAAAUGUCUCCAUGCUUUGUGUCUGGGGGGUGAGAGACUUGGAGAACUGAAUUGGUUAGAACACUUGAUAUGAAUGCGAACUUAAUCAGUUUAAUGGUUUGUUCUUAUAACUUCCUAACUUACCUUGGUCUUUUGUAGACUGGAGAUUUGUUUCUUGUUCUCCAGUUAACUGAACCAAGCUUCUCAGCUAAGUACAGAAGAGUAAAAGAGCAGCAAUUGAUAGUCAGACUGUCAUAAGUUUUCCCUUAUUUCGUUUAUUUGGUUUAAAGUUACUGAAGAAUGUGUGUGAUUUUGCUCGCUUUUUCUUUCCGACAGCCCUUUAAUGAAAGUUGAUAUUUUGUUCAUUGUUAUAAUUCCAAAGUUGUAGCUGUACCUCUGUACCAUUGAUGUCUGUUUGUUGCUAUUUUCAGUCUUGCAUUAAAGUUGCUCUCGACUUCGUUUCACCUGAAAAUCUUGGAGAGUGCAAUCGUUUGACUGAGGAAUUUCGUGCUCUUCCCCAGAACCACAAAGCUAAGGAGGAUAAGUUAGAGGUAAACUUGUGUUUGGUAACUUACUGGU